AUGGAUAGAAUCUUGAGAGGUAUUAUGAGAUAUCGUGUUUUGGAUCGAGCUAGUAUGGUUAAACAAUUCGAACAAGUUAAAGACAACCCAGUGCCAAAAGCAAUAUUUUAUACAUGUAUGGACAGCAGAAUGAUACCUACGAGAUUCACAGAGACGUCUGUUGGUGACAUGUUUGUCGUUAGAAAUGCUGGAAAUCUCAUUCCACAUUCUGAAGCCUUUAUUGACGAGAUGACAAGUUGUGAACCAGCUGGUCUUGAACUCAGCUGCAUUAUAAAUAAUGUAAGACAUGUUAUUGUCUGUGGACAUAGUGACUGUAAAGCUAUGAAUCUCUUGUAUGAUUUAAGGAGCAAAAAAGAAUCUAGUGUCGAACAACGAAGGAUUUCGCCUUUGAAAUCUUGGUUGUGUACACACGCACAGUCGAGUUUGAAAAAAUUCUUAGAAAUGAAGGGAGAUUUUAAUAAACCCAUGCUAUUCUCUGCCGAGACUCCACAAAGGAAAUUUGUAGCCUAUAUUGAUCCGGAAAAUAAUUUUUGUAUUGAAGAUAAACUUUCACAAGUAAACACACUGCAACAGGUACAAAAUGUGGCGUCAUACGGUAUGUUAAAAAAACGAUUAGAGAAACACGAUCUGCAUAUCCAUGCUCUGUGGUUUGAUAUAUACACCGGUGAUAUUUAUUACUUCAGUCGUCGGGCAAAAAGAUUUGUUAUAAUAGAUGAAUCCACAUAUGAAUCUAUUUUGGCUGAAGUUCGAAGAUAUUAUUCAUAG